GUAUGACCGAAUCUAACGUAAAUAAACCCAAAUAGAACUAACUAAAAUAAAAAAUGACGCUUAAAAUUAUUUUGUGGAUUUAUAUUUUACCAAUAUGCCGAGUGCAGUCUGCAAACGGUUAUGAUGUGACGUCACCAGGAGCUAUAAUAGGAAUCGUUCUAGUAGCUAUUGUUAUAAUCACGGCAAUCGUCAUCAUAGUUGUCAUCUGCUUGAAAAAGACAUGGCAUAAACAACGAAGACAAAAUACAAUAUCAAACAAGACAAAGAAAGUUCCAAAAAAGCCAACAACGAUUUCAGAAACGCUUAUCGAAAAAUUGCCUGACAUCCCAGAAGUAGACGAAAAUAUAAGUGCGUCUGGUGUAAGCGUAAGAGAUGAAUCUAAACUAACGUUUUAUCAAAUUGACAAUGAGGCAAGCACUACUGAAGCGGGUGACAUUGAUAAAGAAAAUGAAAAAGUGGAACAAUAUGAAGCUAACAAAAUAAGUGAGGAUAUGACUGUCUCAGUGAAAACCGAUAAGAUACAAACACAAACUGAAGAAUCAGAAACAUUUGAGAGCAAACCAGAUGAACCAAAGUCAUCUGGUGAGGAUUUGGUAAAGACAAUCAACUGUGAAAGUGAAACAACACAGGAUAUAAAAAGUGAAGUAUCCAUCACACGUGUAAUUGAAAAUGAAAAUAUUUUGAGGAAAGAUUUACCUUAUUUAAACUCUACAGAACACAUUUUCUCAGAAUAUGAUCCAGCUAUGACAUACAAAUCGGAGAGUGAAUGGAAAUCAAAGAGUGACGAAGGCUUACAUCUACAAUCGAUCAGAUUUGAGAGAAAAAAUAUCGCUCCAAGAGCUUUUGAAAUAACUCGCGAUGACAGUGAUUUGAAUCUCAAAUCUCAAAGUACGAUAGAGGUUGAAAUGCACGAAGCAACAAAGGUAUCCAGUCGAUCCGAAGGAACAUUAACUGAUGAUAUGAAAAUAAAAUCAUUGAAAAGAAGAUCAUCUUUAAUAUCUAAAGUAACGAGCAAAUCAUUCCAAUGGAAUUUCGAUUAUAUAUCUCCAUAUGCAAUGACAGAUAAACAAAAGCGUGAGCGUUAUGAGUUAAAGCUUAAAAUUCGUAAGCGAAGAAUGCUAGCAUUGAAACAAAAGUUAGCUGAUAAGGAAAGACAACAGUAUGAAAAUAAACUAGCAUUUGAGAAAUGGAAACUACGAAAACAGGGCGAGAAACAUUACGAAGGAGACAUUGGGUCUUUUAACAAAAGAAAAUUUAAUAAAUAUAAUUACUGGUAUCCGUAAUCAAUGACUUAUUAUCAUUUAUCCUCUCUAGAAUAUAUUCAUUUACUUCAGUGUGGAAGAAUAAAUACAUUUCCACAACGUUGAAAAGUCAUAAUCAUGCAAGUAUAUAAUACUUUAUGAUAAAA